AUGGAGAGCAAGGUCGAAUCUGGUGCUCUGACAGCGCAUCCGUGGAAGCGCGCACGAACCACAACGCAGUACCUGACGGUCGCGAUCCUGGGCAACGAGGAAGAGCGAAAGGCCUACCGCGAGGCCGUGAAUUCGGUACACCGACAUGUGAAGUCGGAUGCGAACAGCCCGGUCAGGUACAACGCCUUCAAUCGCGAACUCCAAUUAUGGGUUGCUGCUUGCCUGUUCAUCGGUUUCGAAGACAGUCAUCAGUUGUUGCACGGCAAGAUGUCGGAAGAACAGGCGGAGUCGUUCUAUCAGUCCGCAUCGACUUUGGGAACGACACUGCAGGUCACCGAAGAGAUGUGGCCGGCCACACGCGCAGACUUCGAGCGCUACUGGAACCUCGGUUGCGAACGCGUCGUGAUCGACGAACGCACCAAGCAGUAUCUGAUCGACCUGGUCAAUCUACAGAUGAUCGCUUGGCCGAUACGCCUGGCAUUCCGGAAACUUGUUGCGGUUCCUGACGGUCGGAUUCCUUCCACCGAUCUACCAGCGACCAACUCGACCUCGAGUGGACCGAAGACGACCGCCGCCGGUUCGAACACCUCUUCAUUUUCGUGUCGUUCGUCAACAGGUUCAUCCCACGCUCCGUUCGUCAGGCCGGCAACACCAUACAGAUGCGCGACAUUCGUCGUCGGAUUAAGACGAGCAAGAAUCUCGUCUGAGCCAGCAGCGCGUAAUUCGUUUUCAAUUCUGCUGCCCCUACAGCCGGAGCUCCUCGCAGCCGGAGCCCUCGGACUGAGCGCCGGCACCGCAUCCGCAGCCACCCACGACUGGUCGGGUGUCGCAGAAUGCGAAUCUUCGGGCAACUGGGCCGCGAACACCGGAAACGGCUACUACGGCGGCCUCCAGUUCAGCACAGAGCACGUGGAAGCCUACGGCGGAGCCGGCAGUGCCGCCAACGCCAGCCAGGCAGAACAGGUCCGCGUCGCGGAAAACGUCCUUGCCGUGCGUCACUGCCCGGUGUUCGUCGAGAAUUCGACGGACCCCGGGCAGCGUCGUACUAGCGACCUUCAUGCCCCGCCCGAUCCAGCCCCUCCGCCGCUGCUGUUGAAAGACAUUACGGCGGUACGUGAUCCGUCGGGA